AUGCAAAGUCGGUUGUCAGAACUACGUCUGAAUAACGAGCAUGAUUUGAAACAGGAGAUCGAAGUUGAAGAGUUGGAGCAGUCUGUCCGAGAUGCGAUUCGCAUUACCAGGGAACUGGGAUUCACCUAUCUUUGGGUGGAUAGACUGUGCAUCAUUCAAAACUGUCCCCAAGACAAGGCGAACGAAAUUGCGAAGAUGGCAACAACGUACAAGAACGCUGCAAUCACUCUGGCGGCUGGGACUGCGGAAAGAGCAUGUGACGGAUUUUUGGGAAGGGUGCCUGAUAAAAACCCUGCGUAUUUGCCUGAACACAAAUUCGACAUAACGAUGGAGGACGGUUACACUGGGACUGUUUAUCUGUCUAAAAGCCCGUAUCAGCCCAAUCAUCCGCUUGACAAGAGGGGCUGGACUCUUCAGGAGUAUAUGCUAUCAUCCCGGAUGCUCAUUUUCUCAGACUAUCAACUCCUUUGGCAAUGUCAGGAGGUUGAGCUACAAAGCGUCACUGGAACCAAUGCAGGUAUAGAGUAUCAACAGGAUCUUGAGUGGUUGCCAUGGUCUUCCUUUAUCGACGAGGGAGAGCCGUUCUAUGGUACACACGAUUCAGAGAAACUGUAUCUCUGGAAAACUGUAAUUAUGCAGUAUACACGAAGAGAACUAAAAGAAUCCGAAGAUAGACUGCCAGCAGUCACUGGUAUCACAACUGAGUUACAAAAGGUCUGGCGGGACUCACAUAUCUACGGUCACUGGGAGCGGUGGUUCAUCCAACUACUUGCAUGGAACAAGCCUGAAAAGGAUAGAGUCGAGGUCAGAUAUACCAAGAGAGCCCCCAGUUGGUCCUGGGUUUCAGUCGAUGGGGGGAUUCGAUACGAAGAUCCAUUUCAAGUGGAGGACGCGAAAGUCAAGAUACUCACGGCGGCCAAGGUAAGGCUGCGGUGCCGAAUACUUCAAUUUAGCGACAUAGAACUUCCUAAGCGGCACACGCUAUCAACUAGGCUUGACCUUGUUGAGUCAGCCUUGGGUAUAGAAUUCGCGGGGAGAAAAUGCGAGUAUCUUCUCUUGGGUAAAGCCAUCCACUAUGAUGAAGAAACUGGAGUGGCUUUGAUGAUUCUAAAGACACCUGCUGGGACUUAUAGAAGAGUCGGUUUAGCUCUGUUUGAAGAUAUGGAAGUUUGGGCCAGUGUCAAGUUUCAGGAGGUCGAUCUGGAGCCGAAGGAAAAGUAG